AUGGAUCUUUUAGAUGAUUUGGACGUGGGUCCUAUGAGAUCUAGGACUUUCAAAAAGAAUAUUGAUAUAAGGAUAGAUGAGAAUACAGAAAGUGCUGAUGAUAGUGAAUCAAAUAGAUCUGUUCCUCCUGUUUUAAGUGCUUUUGACGUCUCAAAUAGCUCCAUUUUAAAUACACCAAAAGAUUCAGUGAAAGUACCAAGUGCUCCAUCAGUUGCUGGUCUAUUUGGAUCUGCCAGCUCGUUGCUUGAUAAGGUGAAAAGAAGACUAAAUGGUGAACCAAAGGAAGACGAGGCAGAAGAUCCAACGCAGAAGAUUUCAGAUGAAAAUGGUGAAGAUGAAAUGACUCAACAAAUCGAACAAGAUAACUUUAACCAAGAGUCUGAAGCUGAAGAGAUCAAUAAUUCACAAUUGGGUGAGCUACCCAGCCAGACUCAGAAAAUUGAAGAGUCUUCAAACCAGACCCAAAUUGAACUACCAACUCAAGUGAUUCCAGAAUCAUCCAUCAAACAAUUAGAACAAAGUGUCAGUCCAUCACCAUCUUUCAAGCUUGGUAAUCUGGAAGAAGACAUGACUCAAAAAUUUGAAACUAGUCAAGAUGAAGAUGCUAAUGAACAGGUUGGAGAUGAGCAUCAAAAAGAUGAUGAUGAAAACGACGAUGAUGGUGAGGAUGACGAUGAGGAUGCUAUAAAGGCCAAGCACAAAAGAAUCAACAAGUUAUUUGUGGAGUCUGAUGCUGAAGAAGAAAUUGAAAAUGAAUCAAAAGUUGAAGAAAGUAAUGCAACACAGUCCAGAUUAGAGAAAAUUGAAGCUUUAGUUGCGAAGAAACGUGCAGAAAGAUUACUACGUGAACAACAAGAAAGAGAUAAAAAUCAGAAGGAACUCGGAGACUACAAAAGCUUGGAGGAUCCAGUCAAUGACGAUGAAUAUGAUAAUGAAGAUGGUGAUGUCUCAGUCUCUACGAUCAAACCUGAUAGAAAAUCUAAAGCUGACUAUGAAAAACAAUUGCUGGAAGAUCAAAAAGAAUAUCUGAGUGAACAACUUCAACAUGAAGAAAAAGUGGUGAAGACAUUUGACAAGAACUCAUUAUUCGCUGCAUUCGGUAUUAAUAACCCCUUGAAUCCAACUUCAAGCCCUGCAAAGGAGAAAUCAAGUCCAAUAACUUCACCAAUCUCAGGAUCACCUCAAAAAGUCAAGCAAGAAUUUGGGAAUAAUGAUGUUGUUUUGUCUGAAUCUUCAGAUGAGGAAGAUGAUUUUCAAGUUACAGAUUUCUUUAAUGAAGAUAAGGUUAAAAAGAUGAAAGAAAAAGAACAACAAAAAUUUGUACUGAAGACUCCAUUCAACAAGGAAAAUACUUCUAAUAAUGGUGAUGUUAUUGAAUUGGACUCCGACUCUGAAGAUGAUGAAGAAGUUGUUCCAUCAAAAGUCACCAGAUUGGAAGUGAAAAGCAAGUUCAGUAAACAAACACUAAGCAAAUUGAAAGCUCAAAAGAAAAAGGCUGUUUCACAGGCCCAACUUAUACGUCAAUUGAAAGAAAAAUCAAGACUUCAAUUGAAGAAAAGAACACAUGCAAAUGAAGAAUCGCACAAGCUUGCUCUUGAGGAAGUGGCAACUGAACAAGAAGCUGUUGAUAAAUUAUUGGAUAGAUAUAUUGCUGCUGCUAAUCGUACUCGUGAGAAGGAACAAGAAAUUGAAAGGCUAAGAAAGAAAGCUGAAGAAAAUGGUGAAGAAUUUGAUGAAGAAGAAUAUUCCGAUGAAGAUGAUUUCGAUGCAGUUCCUGACAGUGAUGGUGCAGAAGAUGAUGACGAAGAUGAAGAUGAUGAUGCAGAGGAAAACAAUGAGGAAGACGAUGAUGAAGAGGAGGAAAUUGCACCAAUCCAUAGAAAACUUAGAGUGAAAGGACUUGUAAGUGAUGAUGAUGAUGAGGCUGAAGAAUCAGAAGCUUCCAGAGAUGAACUAAAAUCAAAACUUGAACAAGAUAAAAGUGAAUUGAACAUUAAUUUGGGAUCAUUUGGAGGUAAUUUCUCUCAAAAGCUUGAAGGUCUCAACUUUGGUGGUACUCAAAAGCUGAAUAAUAUGCUUGGUAUUACAAUGACACAGGCAUUUGAAACUGAAUCGCCAAAAGUCAACGGUGGUUCAAAGACUGUCAAUAUAUUUGAUCAAUUGAGGAACAAUGGUAACCAAAUUAUUGGUGAAGAAUCAUUCGUUGAAAGCUCUUUGAAAGAAAAAUCAUUUACAUACUCAUUUAACUCUCAAAAGCAAGAAAUAAACUUUGAUGAACCAUCUACUCAGUUUUCGGAAAUUGAACCUCCAACACAAGCAUUUUCUACACAAAAGGACUCCAUUGCAACACUAGCUGAUUCCAUUCCUCGUGAUUCAUGUGAAGCUACAGCUAAAGACCCUGCACAAGAAGAUAAUGAUGCUGAUGAAGAUGAAGAUGAAGAUGAAGUCAAGCCAGCUAAAAGAAGAUUGUUCAAAAAGCCACAAAAGAAACUAGUCAAUCAUUCUGAUGAAGAUGAUGAGGAUGAUGAAGAAACUGAAGAACAAAUGAUGGAAAGAAGAAGACAAGUUGAACUAAUGAGAAAGAAGAUUCGUCAACGUGAUUUGGAAGCUAAACGUAAAAAACAAGAAAUGAAAAGAAAAGGUCUUGACAAGAUCAUGGAGAAUGAAGCUGAAGAAUCUGAAGAUGAAUGGCAAGGUAUUGGUGGUAUUGAUGGUGAAAGAUCGGAUGAAGAAAAUUCUGAAGAUGAAAAGAUGUUGGAUGAUUAUUCAAAAUUGAAACUUAAUGAAUCUCAAAUUGCUCAAUUAAUUGCUAAUGAAAACUUGCAAAAUGAUGAAAAAAUGCUUCACAAGAUCUUGAAUGAUGUUAAUAACGGUGGAUUUAGAAAAAGAGGUGCUAGAAAUGGUGUUGAGUUAGAAUUCUCUGAUGAAGAAGAUCAAGUUUUGCAAAACUACAACAGAAUAAGAAAUGAAAGAAUGAGAGCUAAGAUUUUGGAAGAUGGUAACCUUGCUAAAUUAUCCAAAGAUGCUAAAUCAAAAGCUUUCUUUGAAAGUAUUGCAGAAGAUUCUCAAAAUGCUGCUAAUGAUGUCUUUGGCAAUGUAACUGAUAAUGAUAAUGAGGGAUCAGACGAUGAAGAGAAAGAAGAUGAUCCAUUUAAUGAUAAACCAGAAAUUACAAAGGCAGAUUUUCAAGAUCCAUCAACCGCAGCACCUGCAAAGAAAAGAAAAAUGAAACUUACAGAAGCUUAUGUUCAAAAGACUUUAUCAUUUUUAAGAGAUGAAGAACAAGAUGAAGUUGAAAGAAAUUCAAUAAUUGCUGCUCAUCAACAUGGUUUCAUUGAUGAUGAUGAUGAUUUCACUGAAGAUAUGUCAACUUUGAAACAAAGAUCCAUAAUCAAAUUCCCAGAAACAACACCACAAAGAAAAUCAACUGUUGAUUUAACAAAUGAUAGUGAUCAAUCACCAGAGAAAUUUUUCAAAAUGCCAUCAAAGAUUAUGAAAUCGUUUCAAUCAAAUAGUAAUGAUUCCUUCAAGAACAGUAAUGAGGUUACAGUCUCAACUGCUUAUAAAGCUGCUACUAGUUCAAAAGCUUCCAUUAUGUCUUUUGGUAAGAAUAACUCAAGCACUAAAGUUCCAACAAAGGUUACACAAGCUAAAUCCCAGGAUACUAGGGUUUUGAAAGUACGUAGAGUUGAAAGAACAAUGAAGAAAAGAAAUAGAUUAAAAGGAUUGGAUUUGGGAAAUUUUGAAUGA